UACUCUUCCUCCGCCCCCACCACUACCAAACCCUAAUUCCAUUCACCAUUUUCUUCGUUUUCUUUCUUCUUCAACAACAAAUAUGCGUGAGAUUCUUCACAUUCAAGGAGGCCAGUGUGGCAACCAGAUCGGUGCCAAGUUCUGGGAGGUUGUCUGUGCCGAACACGGCAUCGAUUCCACCGGCCGCUACCAAGGCGAUACCGAUCUGCAAUUGGAGAGGAUCAAUGUUUAUUACAACGAAGCUAGUUGCGGGAGAUACGUUCCAAGGGCCGUGCUCAUGGAUCUUGAGCCUGGUACCAUGGACAGCCUCCGAUCUGGUCCUUACGGUCAGAUCUUUCGUCCCGAUAACUUUGUUUUCGGCCAAUCCGGUGCUGGAAACAACUGGGCUAAGGGCCACUACACCGAAGGGGCUGAGUUGAUUGACUCUGUUCUUGAUGUUGUCAGGAAGGAGGCCGAAAACUGCGAUUGCCUUCAAGGGUUUCAGGUUUGCCACUCGUUAGGAGGGGGAACCGGAUCCGGAAUGGGUACUCUCUUGAUUUCAAAGAUCAGAGAGGAAUACCCGGACCGGACAAUGCUUACUUUCUCUGUAUUCCCCUCCCCGAAAGUGUCCGAUACUGUCGUUGAGCCAUACAAUGCCACGUUGUCGGUUCAUCAACUGGUCGAAAACGCUGAUGAGUGCAUGGUUCUUGAUAAUGAAGCUCUUUAUGAUAUCUGCUUUAGGACCCUUAAGCUCACCACUCCAAGCUUUGGAGAUCUGAACCACUUAAUAUCUGCAACAAUGUCUGGUGUAACUUGCUGCCUUCGGUUUCCGGGGCAACUGAACUCCGAUUUGAGGAAGCUGGCAGUAAAUCUUGUUCCAUUUCCUAGGCUGCAUUUCUUCAUGGUUGGAUUUGCGCCUCUCACAUCACGCGGGUCGCAGCAAUACCGAGCCCUAACCGUCCCUGAACUCACCCAACAAAUGUGGGAUGCCAAGAACAUGAUGUGUGCAGCCGAUCCACGACACGGGCGAUACCUGACAGCAUCCGCAAUGUUCAGAGGGAAGAUGAGCACUAAGGAAGUGGACGAGCAGAUGAUCAAUGUGCAGAACAAGAACUCGUCUUACUUUGUGGAAUGGAUUCCGAACAAUGUCAAGUCAACUGUGUGUGACAUCCCGCCCACUGGGCUGAAAAUGGCGUCGACGUUCAUUGGGAAUUCGACGUCAAUUCAGGAGAUGUUUAGGCGUGUGAGCGAGCAGUUUACGGCUAUGUUUAGAAGGAAGGCUUUCUUGCAUUGGUACACGGGUGAGGGUAUGGAUGAGAUGGAGUUUACUGAGGCGGAAAGCAACAUGAAUGAUUUGGUUUCGGAGUAUCAGCAGUACCAGGAUGCGACCGCUGAUGAGGAGGGAGAUUACUAUGAGGACGAAGAGGAGGAAGAAGAAAUAGGACAGGAAAUGUGAGGGUUUUAGUAUUAGAAAUUAUUUAGUAUGUUAUUGAGAAUCACUGACUUUCUCUAGAAUUUCUAGUUCUUAUUUCAUGUUAUAAGAAAGUUAAAUUCAAAUAUUCUUUUCUUGCUUUACAAUUUACAGGAAAGAAAUCCAAAAAAUGAAUAACAUGUGACCAA